AUGUUAGAUUCUUCUAACAAGGAAAAUUCAGCAGUAACACAAAUUGGUAGAAAAAGUUUAUUGUACAAAUUUAUUAAAAAGUUAAAAGAACCAACAAAUCAGUUGAAAUCAGCAACUCCAUCAGAAACAUCUGAGUCAGAAGAACUCAACUCAACUAUUUCAUCUCCAUCUAUUUACAACUCCUUAAAUUUCUCACCUAUAUACCAAGAAUCAGAGGAAUACGAAAAAUUAGGAAGUGUAAUAACAGAUAGUAAGAAAUUCGAUACAGAGAAAUCAAGGACAGUUUCACAAAAAAACACUGCAAAUCAAGCUACAUUUAUAGAAAGUAAAUAUCUACAGCCAAAUUCUACAUCUAAAAAGCCAAUAUCUAAAUCGCUAGAAAAACUAUACGCCUCACCUAAAAAUUACAGGAACAUAUAUCCAAUGUUUAGCCCAUAUCAAGCUUGCGAAACUCUAGUCAAUUGUAAUUUAACCUCACUUUGUCCGAGAACAAUGUGUAUAUGUAUGUACAAUAUAUGCCCUAAUCAAAAUUACUCCAUAGCAUCAGAGGUUAAACCAUGGUCCGAUCAAUUGGCAUGUAAAACAUGUUUCGGAAGAAGUCAACAAAAUAUGUUAAUGAUGGCAAGGAACAAAGUCCAAUGCAAAUAUCAUUGUCAGGGUUCUAGUCAAGCAAUUCCUUAUCGUCUUCCACCAGCAAUAAGGUUUAAUUUUUGUAACAGCUCUAAUGGGAAUCUCAAUUGUUACAACUCAUCAAAUUCAUUUUCAACAUGCUGCAAUAUAUGCAAUAGUUGCAGAUUUUGCAGAUCAAAUAGCUUGAACAAUUGCUGUAUAGUAUAUAGUCAAUGA